UUCGCCACUAGCACCACCGCCUCCAGAGUUUCCCUUGUGGAUGCACAGCCCUAGUGACUCCGCUCCUCCCGGCGCAGAGGGGCUCCAAGAGGCCGGAGGAGCGCACUCGGGACGGGAUUUCCGAGGAAAGGGAGAGGAAGGGCGCCCCACCCGCUCUGGAGGGGUUCAGUGAACGAUGAAGGGCCGGCGGCGGCGGCGCCGCCGAGAGUACUGCAAGUUCGCGCUGCUGUUGGUGCUGUACACGCUGGUGCUGCUGCUCGUCCCCUCUGUCCUGGACGGCGGCCGCGACGGGGACAAGGGCGCUGGGCACUGCCCGGGCCUGCAGCGCAGCCUGGGAGUGUGGAGCCUGGAGGCGGCGGCGGCGGGCGAGCGCGAGCAGGGCGCCGAGGAGCGGCCCGCCACGGAGGAGGACGCGGGCCGGUACCCCAGGUCCCGGGGCAACCUCAACGGCGCCGUCGGGGAGGCGGCGUCUCGCGAAAAGCAACACAUCUAUGUGCACGCCACCUGGCGCACGGGCUCGUCGUUCCUGGGCGAGCUCUUUAACCAGCACCCGGACGUUUUCUACUUGUAUGAGCCCAUGUGGCAUCUGUGGCAGGCGCUGUAUCCGGGAGACGCCGAGAGCCUGCAGGGCGCGCUGCGCGACAUGCUGCGCUCGCUCUUCCGCUGCGACUUCUCGGUGCUGCACCUGUACGCGCCGCCGGGGGAUUCCGCCGCGCGCGCCCCAGACGCGGCCAAUCUCACCACGGCCGCCCUCUUUCGCUGGCGGACCAACAAGGUCAUCUGCUCGCCGCCGCUGUGCCCCGGCGCGCCCCGGGCCCGCGCCGAGGUCGGCCUCGUCGAGGACGCCGCCUGCGAGCGCAGCUGCCCACCCGUGGCUCUCCGCGCCCUAGAGGCCGAGUGCCGCAAGUAUCCGGUGGUGGUCAUCAAGGACGUGCGCCUCCUCGACCUGGGCGUGCUGGUGCCCCUGCUGCGCGACCCCGGCCUCAACCUGAAGGUGGUGCAGCUUUUCCGCGACCCGCGGGCCGUGCACAACUCGCGCCUCAAGUCUCGGCAGGGGCUGCUGCGCGAGAGCAUCCAAGUGCUGCGCACCCGCCAGAGGGGCGACCGCUUCCACCGCGUGCUGCUGGCGCACGGCGUGGGCGCUCGACCCGGGGGCCCGUCCCGCGCACUACCCGCCGCCCCGCGCGCCGACUUCUUCCUGACCGGCGCGCUCGAGGUGAUCUGCGAAGCCUGGUUGCGCGACCUGCUGUUCGCGCGCGGCGCGCCAGCCUGGCUACGGCGCCGCUACCUGAGGCUGCGCUACGAGGACCUGGUGCGGCAGCCGCGCGCCCAGCUGCGCCGCCUGCAGCGCUUCGCCGGGCUGCGCGCGCUCGCCGCGCUCGACGCCUUCGCGCUCAACAUGACGCGCGGCGCGGCCUACGGCGCGGACCGGCCCUUCCACCUGUCGGCGCGCGAUGCCCGCGAGGCCGUGCACGCCUGGCGCGAGCGCCUGAGCCGAGAGCAGGUGCGCCAGGUGGAGGCCGCAUGCGCCCCAGCCAUGCGCCUGCUGGCUUACCCUCGCAGCUGGGAAGACGGCAACGCCGAGCCGUCCGAGGACGAGGAGACGCCGCCGGAGACGGGGGCCGAAGGCGCCACGUAGCCCCGCUCCCGCGCGCCCGGGACGGAUCCGGGUCAGUCACCACGAACCAGGCCACUCAGCACGUUGUCCCAGCAUUGGAGAAGCCAUGCUGUGGAGGCAGCCUAUCACACUGUCAGAGACUGGGGCUUGACUUGGUACCAACUGCUGUGCUAUUCUGCGGAGCAGGAAUAUUAUGAGCUGUUAAAUAAUGACUGACACAUUGGUUGAAAUGAAGUUUCCAGUAAGGAAGUGACAGUGCAAUGUGGAUAAUUAUGGCAAUAAAAUAGGAAGAGCUUUAGUUCCCAGCCUGACCCUGCCUCUGCUGGAGCCAUGUCAACAAGGCGUUCUCAGAACAAAGAAGAGACGUGAUUUGGUACCAUUUCCCAUCAGCAGGUGUCUGGACAAAACAUCAAUGUGAAUAAGGUUCAAGUGCAGUCCUGUGUAUCUUGAUUAAAUUACUUAAUAUUAAAUAAAAGGUCUGGGUGGUAUUUUUUAAAAUCUGACUCAUCCAGCUCUAAUUCAAAUAGCUCCCCUCACCCCGACCCUUGAAUGGAUUUUUAAAAAGUAAUUUCUCUCCCUGGGGUGGGAGAACCCUAAUGAACUGAAAGAAAUUUUUGCUUUUAAAUUGUUCUAUCUGAUGUUUUUGUAAAUUAUAUUAUUAAAUGACUCUGGAGUCACUGUUAAUGACAAGAUUUGGUUUUGCUCUGUUAUGAUGUAGUUCAAUUGCAUGGUUUAGGGAAAAGCUAGUCUACAUACAAAAGAACACAAAGACUAUGAAGGAAACUAUAGCGAGCUCAAUAAUCUUAGCAACUAGCCAACACUCAAAGCCUGUUAAAGAUGAUUGCAGGCCAGGAGAAGUCACAGGCAGAGACCAGGUUUAAAGUGUUUCUUUUCAUCCUAAGGCACAUUUUUAACAUCUAAAAAAAAAAUCUGUUGCUGUGAUUUUUAGAUCUAAUUUUAAAACUAAAAAUUUUCAAGCAUCUCAAUUAGGGGUCAGCAAAAAACUUUUCUGUAAAGACCCUGAUAGUAAAUAGUUCAGGCUUUAUGAGCAGCUAGUUGUUCACUGCUGUUACAACUCCUCAGCUCUGCGUGAAAGCAGUCACAGACAGUAUGCAAAUGAGUGAGUGGAGUGUGUGCCAAUAAAACUUUAUUUACAAAAACAAGCAGUAGGCUGGAUUUGGUCCAGGGGCUGCCGUAAUUUGUCAAUCUCUGUUCUAAAUGAAGUUGGAGAGGAAUAGCUUCCACCCAGAACAGAACCUCUCUGUGAGGGAAAGAAACAGACUAAGAACAGGAUCAUACUGCAUUCUUCUACUAACGGACAAUACUUUUAGAAAUACAAAGCAAGAUGAGCUCACCCAGUUAAUCUUUUUAUUUUGAGUUUUGUUAAAAAAAAAAGCUUUGAGAAAAAUGUGUUAAAUAUCAGUAAAGGCAGGAAAACAUGUAGCUAGCUUUAUAAUAUCAAUCUAAACAUAUACACAAAGGCAAACAUUAAGUAAAAUGCUAGGGAAAGGGAGCACUUUGGGGGCCUAACUCCAGUUUUUCUUAUUGCACAUAAAUAAAAGUUGCCGAUAACUCCAAGUCUUCACUUUUUCACAGUCAGACAUACUUUAAUAUUAUUUUAUAUAACAUGUUUAUAUAACAUCCUAUGUUAAUUUUAUAAAGCCACCAGUUUGCUACUGUUGAAUGGAAGUAAAAGACAAAAAUUUCCCCAAUUACAGUAUGUAAGUAAGCUCUCUAUAAAAAAAUUCCCCAGAAGGUCACAUCAGCCCAUAUUAAAUUCAUCCUAUUCUAUUUAAAAAACUGCUUUUCAGCUAUUAAAUGAAUCUUGGUGGCCUUCCCAUUUAAUCAUUUUAAUAGACAUAGUAAAACUUCCUAAGUAAGAAGUACCAGAUGUAUUUUAUGUAAAAAAUAAAAAACCUAGGAGGUGACCCUACCAUGAAGUCAUACUUCGAAUGAGUGAUUUCAGGGACAAAUUCCAAAUCCAUAGACUUAACACCCGCAUGACUGAAAAUCAUCCCACUGCUUCUCCAAAGCCCAAAGCUGGAAUAAUCACAACUAAAGUCAACCCCCAAAUGUCCAUGCAGCUAGAUACUCAGCCAGUAACACUGGGAUCUUAACUUUUUUGAAGUGCUUUAGACAGCAGAUGUAGAGUUCUUCACGCUGUUUCCAAGUCCUUUUCCACCUGAGUUGCCCCAACACAUACAGGCCCAGAUAAUUUUCCACUGGCCAAGAGUUGAGCUGACCAUGACAUGUGGCAGUUCUGUGAACCCAUUUGAAAAGGUGGCCAUCAGGAUGAGAAGGUAACCUCUCCCUCUCCCGAGCACUCUCAUGUCUGGUACACACCUUUACAAAGGGCAGCAGAACAGGCAGCCCUCCCUUCUCAUCUUUUCCAAGGUUCAUGUAGCAGAAAACUGGCUGCCUGUGUGUGCCAUGUGGGCCAUGGUUAGACUAUACCCUGCUUACAAAAAUAAAACUGACAUCAAAAACUUUGGUUUUGCUCUUUACAAUUUCUGCUAGCACUGGCUGACAAGAUGGGUUUGUUAAUUUAUAAAAACUCUGCUUAUGAAACUUGGAACUGGAAAAAAAUGGUUUCUUUCUAGGUCUCGUUUUGAAAGGCUUGUCAAAGAGCCUACUUGCUUUUCCUCGUUAGACACUAGCAUUGGUUUCCAGAAUAUUUCUCUGUAGAUUGUUCUUAUUAGGUUUUAGAAAGAGGGAAGGUCUUUUGAGGUAUCCACAUGGUGAAAGCAGCAUUCAGGUGGGUCGUUUCUAAACUCUAACUCUUGGCCACUAGAUGCCCUCAAUUUACUGUAUCAGAACGCAGCAAUUGACACUGGUGAGCCAGAUUCUCAUUUAAAAAAACAACAGAAGAGAUCAGAAUUCAAUGAUACCAGUCUACUGUAUUUGACAGACUAGCUCCUACACUAAUUCACCUACAGAAGCAACAUCAAAAAGCAGGCACGAAACCUGUCAAGUGUCCCAUUU